UGACACGCUUAUAAGAAAACCGAAACAACUGAGUUCUUUUUCCAUAAACGGAAUAGAAAAAACUUAGCGGAAAAAAGCGACAAAUAAAUGUCCGAACAUAAGAGAAAUAACUCAAACACAGAGCAACAGUGAGAUAACUCGCUGUUUCGUUUUUGCGCUAAGUUUUAUUCUGUCUCUUUGUUUCACUCAUUCUUGAGUCGUUUGUUUUUCGCUGUGUCGCCUGUUUUGUUUUGUUUAUGCCCGUCCGCACAGCGAGUGUUGGUUUCAUUCGUAUUAUAUUUAUGUGUCUGUGUCACACAAAGUCGAAAUGUGUGUGAUUUUUCCGUUAAUAUUCUCUUCGUUGCAUUUCGACUGGAUUAUUUGUUUUGAAUACUGAAAAAAUUAAAAAACCAAUAAUUAUUUCAGCUUCAUGAAUUUUUUUUAAAUGAAUAAAUGCAAUUAGAAAUAGUUUUUUCUCCACACACAAAUGUCUUAUAUUGUUGUAUAAUCCAAAAUGCAUGUUUUGUGUCCAACGCACAAAUUCUCCUUGAUUUUUUUAUUGUAAACAAUCGGUUCUUGGGAAGAGAUACCGUUAUGAACGCACUCACUCUCUCGUGCUAUCUAAUGCUUUGUUUGUUCCACAAUUACAACUUCAGAUCUAGUAUGCAUUGCGCCAUGGAGAGUUUGCGUUGUUAUUUCAAUAAUAAAUCAGUGCGUUAUUAUUGGGAUUUUAAUUUGCAAAAUGUGUGAUCGUAACAGCGAAUUUGGAGGAGAAGAAGAGGCACUCGCGCCUGAAGAGAAAGAAGAAGAAGAAGAAGAUGGCCAAGAAAAAAAAGCGUUGUUUCGGCCGAAAAAAAGAAUUUGUAAGCCACACUUGCACAAGAAAUCGAUUGCCAAAGAAAAAGUUGAACGUGGAUUGGAACAUGUAACGCGAUCUGGAAGAGUUAAGAAAGCCAAAGUCUUCAAGCCUCAAACAAUUUGCAAAUGCUUGAAACAGUUAUGCUCAAUAAAAAUUGAUGUCUUGCGCCAGAAAGAAAUUUUCGAUGCAUUUUAUCUACAUUCUGAUUGGACGCAGAAAACAUUGUUUAUUCGAGGAUCGGUACAAACAAAACCAGUUGCAUCGAAAAAAUCUGCAUUGUUUCCUUUGAUCGCUUCAAAAAAUCGGGACAUAAAUUGCAGUUACCGUUUUGUCGACACCAAUAAAAUAUCGCAAGAAGUCUGUCGUGAUUUUUUUCUUGAAUGUUUACAAGUGCCGGCGUCGAGAGUGUAUGCGGCUAUCAAAUCUACAACGGAAAAUCCGUCGGGAAAAGAAAAUCGUGGAAGAGCUCCACCGAAAAACAAAAUCACAGAACAACAGAGGCAAUGGAUUACGCAAUUUAUUGACCAAAUUCCACAAUAUGAAUCUCAUUACGGCCGUAAACAAUCCGCUCGGAAAUAUUUGAGCCCUACGCUGAAUGUGAUUACACUUUACCGUGAAUUCAAACGUGUGAUGGAAUUUCGCAACAUAAAUGAAGAUGAGAUUCCCAAAGAAAAUAUUUUUCGGUCGAUUUUUAAUACCGAAUACAAUUUAUCGUUUAAAAAACGGCACACCGACACAUGCAAAACUUGCGAUGAAAUGAAGACAAAAUUUCAGAGUAGACUCACGUCAACAGCCCGAAAAAAUGAGCUCGAAAAAGAAAAAGAAAAACAUUUGUCACUCGUCGAACGAACCAAUGCAUCUUUCCGCAAUGAUAUUGAAGCUGCGAUUGAAAGCAAAGGAAAAACAGCGGUCUUAACAUUCGACCUUCAGAAGACACUUGAAACACCAUCUCUCACCACAUCAGUCGUUUUCUACAAACGACAAUUAUGGACGUACAACUUAUGUGUGUACGAUGAAAUUGAAAAGAAAGGUUAUAUGUAUGUUUGGGCCGAGAAUAUAGCAUCACGCGGCGGCCAAGAGGUGGGAUCUUGUCUCAUAAAACAUCUCAACAACCAUAUUUCGAACGAAACAACAAAAAUCAUCUUGAAUUCGGAUUCAUGUCCUGGCCAGAAUCGAAACAUUAAACUGACAUUGUUCCUGAAGAAAUUUUUGUCUGAACAUAGCACUGUUGAAUCGAUUGAGCAAAAAUUCUUCGUCUCAGGCCACAGCUACAAUAGUUGUGAUCGCUGUUUCAGCCUCAUUGAAAAGCGUAAGCGAUUUACUGGUGAUGUUUACACCCCAGAUGAUUGGAUAAAAGUGAUUUCCGAAUCGAAAGUGAGCGAACCAAAGUUUGAAAUAACAAAAAUGCUGCCAGAAGAUUUCAUUUCCUCUGAACAAUUGGAAAAAAUGAUUGUGAACCGAAAGAAAGAUGUGCAAAAAGUAAAAAUUAACUGGAAUCAUUUUCGAAAAAUUCUCUACUUGAAAAAUGAUUUGUUUCAUAUCAUUGUCGAAGAGAAGGACACAUGGAAACAUAUCGACAUACAAAAGAGAGGCAUUGAUGAGACCGAAUUUUGCGAAACUCCAAUGGAAUGUUUGUAUCCGAACGGAAACGAAAUCAACCAAAAAAUGUUUGACGAUUUAAUGGAGCUAUUGAAGUUCAUCCCAAGCAAACAUCAAACAUUCUACCACAAUUUGAUUCCUGCUCGCGAUGCGAUUGACUUUGGCUUAGCCAGUGAUAGCGAAGAUGAAUCGUAUGACGAUGACGUUAUUAUUGUUGAUGAUGAAUAAUUUUUUUUGGAAAUAAAGUCCUAAUUUCUUUCCAUAAAGUGAUUCCCUUCCUUCAUAAACAACUGGUAAUUAUUAACUACGACUGUUGAUGAUAAAGAAAUAAACAAAACAAAAAUCUCUUCGACAAAAAUUGUCUCUUUCUUCUUCUCUUUUAAACAAUAUGAAAAAUUAUGCCCAGUUGAAAUAUGUUUGAUCUUCCAUCAAUGUAAACAAUGUGCGGCAUACAGACAGAAAGUACGCACAAAAAGGAGACAAAGAGCGAAAGAGCAUAAGAAGAAAACAGAACAAGAAUGAGCGAAAAAAUCAAACAGCUCAAAACUUAGCGCAAAAACGAAACAAGUGAAUGUUCGGUUCUUGCCGAUAGUUGUUAUUUGUUUCCUUUUUCCGCGCAGUUUCUGUUGUGUUGCCUUUACUUUGAGUGAAUUUGUGUUCAUCGUUUAUGCAUGACGAAAAUAUCUGUGGCUCUUACGCGCGCAGUCAGUAGGCAUUGUUUUUUUCCUUUUACC